GUAAGUAAGAGAAGGAGAGGAGCUGUUGAGCGCAUACUCCAAGCUUAACCGCAAAGCUACCGUCCUUCCUUUCCCCUUUCUCCUUCUUUAUAAAUCCUCCUCUCAAAUUCCCUUUCAAACGCACAUCACCCAUGGCAAAGCCCAGGCCUACCGCCGCCGCGGUCGGCUUCUCCGCUCUUCCUGAGGGCUGCAUCGCUCACAUACUCUCCUUCACUUCUCCUCAGGACGUUUGCCGCUUCGCUUCCGUCUCCUCCACUUUUCGAUCCGCCGCCGACGCCGACGACAUCUGGGAGCGCUUUCUCCCGCUAGAGUACGGCGCUGAAAUUUCCGACGCCCUUUCCCACAUUUUUCCUCCUUUUGCUUCCAAGAAGGAGCUCUAUCUUCACCUCUGCCGCUUCCCUGUACUAAUCCACUGCGGCGCCAAGAGCUUUUCACUGGAUAAAAAGACGGGCAAAAAAUGCUACAUGAUCUCUCCAAGAGAGCUUUUCAUUGUUUGGGGUGAUGCUCCUAGGUAUUGGAGGUGGACUUCUCCUCCUGGAGCAAGGUUUGGGGAGCUAGCAGAGCUGGUGAGUGUGUGUUGGCUUGAGAUCAGGGGCAAGAUAGAGACACAGAUGCUGUCUCCAUGCACAUUAUAUGCAGCCUAUUUGGUGUUCAAGCCCACAACCUCCAACUAUGGCUUCCAACACCACCCGGUCGAAGUCACUGUUGGCCUUGUUGGGACAGAAACUCCCAAGCAAAGUGUGUAUUUAGAUGUUGUAGAUAGAGAAUGGCGACAGCGCCACCCGACUUUGCUUAGGGGCUCCGGUCUCUUCAACCUUGGCAGACGCCGCAUCAUCGACACACAAGUAGCUGUGCCCCGUGAAAUUACCAGGAACGACGCCCCUGCUGAGGACUGUGGUCACGGUGUCCCCAAGCAGAGGGAGGAUGGGUGGUUGGAGGUUCAGCUUGGUGAAUUCUUCCACAACGGGGUGGAUGGGGAGCUCGAGAUGAGCGUGUCGGAGGUCAAGGGUGGGUAUUGGAAGGGAGGUCUGCUUAUCCAGGGAGUUGAAAUCAGGCCAAAAGCCUUGAUAGCCUAAUUAUAUAAGAAGAAAAAAGGGUUGUUUGGUUGUUUUAUUUACUUAGAUAGUAAGUACUUCAUAGUGAGAAUUCAAGUUGAGGCAAAUCAUUACCAUGUGUAAAUUCUUGAAAGCCUAUCUUUUGACCAACAGAUUUUGAAGGAUUUUUAGUCUUUGAUCUGAUGUGAUCUUCUUCUGUGUUAUAAGCAUAUGAUUGGGUUUUACACUUGUAAA